AUGUUAGGUAGACUUGGACAAAGAUAUCUCCUCAAAACAUUAAAUAGAAUACCAUAUUCUUAUUAUACAACUAUUACAUUGGCUAAUUAUGAGCAUUUUGCAACAACUAGUAAUACUAAUGAAACCUUACAACGCAUUCAUGAUCAUAUUAUAGCACCAUUAUAUAGAACAACAUGUUCUUCAACUCAACUUACCAACACCAAAGGUACCAACAACAACAACAACAACAGCUUACAAUUACCAUUUGAAAUCCAUUGUCUUAAACUUCCUCAGAAUCAAGAAAGACCAAUUGUAAAUUCAUUUCUUGAUGCUCAAAAUUUAUAUCAUAUUCAUAAACAUCCAUUUUAUUUUGAUGAUCCUAAACACAAAUAUUGUAUUGAAUUACUUAAACUAUUUCAAGUUUAUUAUGAUGAAAUUACAAGAUUAAGAGAUUUUAUCGCAUUUCAUACAGGUUCUACUCAUUUCAAUGUUUCAACGAAUCAACUUAUUAAAUUAAUUGAAGAUUUUAGACAAACAACUAGAUCUAGAAGAAUUAAUAUAAUGACUAAUAGAUUACUUGAAUUACUUGAUAGUUCAUCUUAUCAUAAACAAUUAAUCAGGGUAUCUAGUUCAAUUGAAGAAACUAAUCAAAUUUUAAGUUUAUUUGAAUAUAAACUUGAUUAUUUCAUUGAUUUAAUAAAAUUAUAUUAUCGUAAAUUUAAUAAGUUUGAAACGAUUUCAACUUUAGGAGAUUUAUCAAAUUGCUUGCGUAGUGAUAUUGAAUGCUUACUGAUUCCAACUAAAUUUAAUCAACAAUAUUUCCAAUCAAUAAUAUUAAAAUAUCGUGUCAAUAAACUUAUUGAGAUAUUAAAUGAACAUUCAGAUACUCCAAUAUCUGUUUUAACUAAAAUCAUUAAUCAUCCCCAUUUAGAUCAUUAUAUUUAUAUAUUAGAUAUCCAAUCAAAUAGUGAUCAUUAUUCAAUUGGUUUCGUUAAUAGUCAUUACUUAAACAUGUUAUUAAAUACUGGACUUAUACCCCAUUCUCAUGAUUAUUACCAAAUAGCCCCUAAAUUAUAUCAAUUAUCUAUCGAUACUACCCAACCAGAAAUAAUCAAUACUGCAGCCAAGAAAGUAUUAGAAGAAUGGACUAGUUUCAUUGCGUCAAAUCGCAAUAUUCAUGAUCUGUUCCAUGAUUGUCCAUUAUCCAAAAUAUACAAUGUUUCAUCGGAUAUUCAUGUCAAUUAUGUAUUUAGUAGUUUUUUAUUAAAUCAUAUCCCAUUGGAGAAAUAUAUUCAUAAUUGUACUGGCAACAACGACUUGCGGGACAGGUUGUUUGAAACGUUUAAAGAAGUAGCUGAUCAUCAUCCCCAUACUAGACAUUAUUUGUUUGCAUAUUUAACUCCAGAACAAUUUGUAAAUAUAUUUAAUUCAUCCCGGUUAAUUAAAUAUUUUAAAUUGAGGAAUAUCCCAUUAUAUAACUUAUUUCCAAAGAAUUCAAAGGUUUUCAAACAUAUUGAUAAACUUGAAUCAAUUAGAAAUGAAUCUGGUAAGAAAUUUGGGGAUAUGAAUUUAUCCGAAUUUAAACAUUUGAUAAUGGGAUUAGAACCUGAAUUAUCGAAUAGUUUAAGUGAAGAAUACGUCAUUGAUAAUUUAUAUAUCUUAGAUGAUCUACUUGAUCGUAAGAAGUAG